AUUAAAUUAUCUGCCAACAGCUCUGCUGGACAUUCCAGCAGUCAGCAUGCCAAUUGCACGCUCCGUCACCUUGAGACAUCUGUGUCAUUGUAUUGUGACAACUGCAAAUUUUAGUGGCAUUUUAUUGUCCACAGCACAAGCUGCACCUGUGUAAUGAUCAUGUUGUUUAAUUAGCUUCUUGAUAUGCCAGACCUGUCAGCUGGAUGGAUUAUAUUGGAAAAGGAGAAAUGCUUGCUAACAGGGAUGUAAACACAUUUCUGCACACAUUUUUUUUUAGAAAUAAGCUUUUUGUGAGUAUGGAACAUUUCUGAGAUCUUUUAUUUCAGUUCAUGAAACAUUGGACCAACACAUGUUGCAUUUACAUUUAGUUCAGUAUAGUCUUGAUAAAGGCUGACCUAUACACUGUAAACUACAUGCACACGUGGUCAGUUUGGUCUACAAAUCAGCUAAUAGUUGAUUCUCUUCUCUUGUUCCCAGAUCAAAGAAAAUGAUUCCUACUACUUCGUAGAUGCCUCGGAUGAAAACAAAUCAAACUGGAUGAGGUAUGUAGCGUGUGCUGCCUGCGAGGAAGAACACAACCUGACGGUGUUCCAGUACCGCGGUCAGAUCUUCUACAGGGUCUCCCAGCCCAUCCCUGAGGGGACAGAACUCAAGGUCUGGAUUGGCCAGGAGUACGCUGCCAUGCUGGGUCUAGGGAUCGGUGAGAACAUCAAGUGUGAAUUCGGGGACAAGGAAAUCCUACUGCGGAUCUUCCGUGACAUCCAGGUCGUGCCAGUGGGCGGAACUAGCAGUCUCCCAGACGCCAAUGGCUCUUACAGCUGGUCAGACAACAGCCAAUCAGGGAGCCCCCUGCCAGUCAUCAGUGAUGUCAGUAGCGGGUUACAGACUGAUACCACUGACCCCUCCCCUGUCCUCAACCCACCUCAAAACACCAAUCAGACGGGACUGGCAACAACCGUGAAGUACGACUUUGUAAAGGGUGCUGAGAUACUGUUGAGCCCCUCUCAGCCCAACAGCCCCGUAUGGGAGUUCUUUGGGUUUGAGCCGGACCCCAACGGCCAGCCGCUGGACAAGGACAAAGUCAUGUGCAAGCUGUGUGGUCAACAGGUGGACUACAGUGCUACUGUCACCCAGCUGGAGAACCACCUGGUCCAGAUGCACCAUAUGAAACGUCGGGACGUCAUCAAGGACGGCAACAAGCCCUGGGUUUCGUCCUCGCGCUUCAGGCCUUACCCCACUACGGGCGGCAGAGCACCUCGUUCUAGCAGCCCCUCAACCCACAGAACCACCAACAGCAACUACAGUAAUGAGGACUGGACUUGGAGUGGGAACGGCAGUUCAGCAGUGACCGAUACUGUGACCGCGGGUUCCACCGCUACACCGGGACAGAGAACGCUCUCUAACUUCCUGACCAAUCAAACCACCACAGCCAUCACUAACUUCCUCAUCAAAGACUUGUUGCCCCCGGAUACAGUGGAGGGGGAGGGCUUCAAGCAGCUGAUCCAGACCCUGCUGCCGUCCUGCAAGGAGAUUCCUUCAGCUUCUCUACUGGAGGAGGUGCUGAGGGACGUCCACACCGAGGGAAGAAAGACCUGGGCCAAGCUGCUGACCAACAGCACUGGGUUUAAUGAGGAAGAUACUUCCAAGCCUAAUAUUCCAGUUCAAUUCAAACCCAGUUCCUCAACAAGAAAAGCUGCCCGUUUCCGCUCACAGACCCAGAACCAAGUAUCUCACCACGUAGCUGUGAGUGCUGACGUGUGGUGUCAUGACUGGCAGGGAGACCAGGAGAGAUACGCCACCCUGUGGGCCCAUUUCAUCAACGCUGACUUCACUUCCCAUAACCUGGCUUUGGCCACGCAGCGUCUGGGUGAGACGGGAACUGGGGAUGUGGAUCUGAGCAUGGUCGAGGCUACAGUGAGGUCCGUGGCUCAGGAGUGGGACAUCUCUCAGCCCAGUUUCAUCCUGCUUGGGGGCAAAGAGAUGGAAAAGACGAAGGUAGGUGCGAAGAAGAGGGAGAGAAGUGGAGAAGGGGUGAGUGGAGGUGCCCGUCACCACCACCCGAACUCCACCACAUUCCUGGAGAUGGAGGACUCCAUAUCCUCUGAUGAUCUCUCAGGUUUGGAACGAGCAAUCGAACGAGCCAACUCCACCAGCGAGGAGUCCCACUCUCCACCCAUACCCUGUUUCUUCACAGCUGUUCAGAGCUGCAUAGAGGAAGUCAUGAGUCAUUCCAUCAUCUCAAAGACCCUCUGUGUAUUCCAACACCUUCUCUACAGUCUCUUCUCCCUCCAUGACAAAGACAUGGUAACUCUUCACCCAGCCAGGAAACUGAUCGUAGUCCUACAGAUGCAGGAGACGGCUGAGCUGAAGGCUUGGGCCUAUGGGAAACCAGGCUGGAAUGGGCUUUACAGUGUGGUUAAGACGCUCCUCCGCUAUCAAAACAUUAUCUCUGAGACACUAAAACAAAUAGACAGUGAGAUCCAAACUGGACAAGACACAGGAAGUCCCACUGACUUGGACUCGGGGGCGACUGCCGCUUUGAAAACCGCUGACAAACAUGACACAAACUCCACUUCCGCUGGCCGUGCUAACUCUGACACCACCGACAGCUCCAACUCAUCGGUCCCCGUGCCUCCCAAGCGAUCUGACUGGAAGGUGUUGGAGGAUCUCUCCUCCUUGCUGAAACCCCUAGACGUGGCGUGUCGUACCCUGGCCAAGGAACCGUUCCCCAGGCUCUCGCUGGUCAAGCCCAUCCUCACCGGCCUGCUCGACCGACAUUUCGCCCCCCACCCCCGCCAUCGCAACGACUCCACCAUCUUGAAGGAACUCAAAAAGAAGAUAAGGUGGGGCCUUUCCUGCCGAUACAACGACCCCCAGAUCAACCAGGUAUUGUGUGUGGCGUGUGCCCUCGACCCCCAGUUCCACGGCCUGGGCUUCAUGGACGUCAGAGAGCAGGCGACCACCUUCGCCUGGCUGAAGAAAGAAGUGGUCCGGAUCGUAGAGGAGGACCGGAGGAGGGCCGAGGCAGCGUCUCCAGGGGGCAGGAAGAGGAAGAAGAGGGGAUCCUCCUCGACCACCUCAUCAGGAGAGAUGGAGGGAGACGUCCUGAGAAGAAGCAAAAGGCUGAAGGAGAUCACCCCGGUCAGUUUCAAAGAGCGAACAGAGAGUGAUUCAGACGAGGAAGACACCGGUAGCUCUGUGAACGACGACAGUGAGAGUGAUAACAUGGAGCCGAAACUGGAGCCCACCUCCCAGCAGACUGGCAUGGAGUUCCUUCUAGGGGACCUAUUCGGCUCCCAGUCCCAGAACAAGCAGCCCUCAGUGGAAGAGACAGUGGACAUUGAGCUGUCCGUCUUCAGAGCAGAGAAGGGGGCCACCCUGGGCGUGGAGCCUUUACAGUGGUGGAAGGCUAGAUCAGGACAGCUCCCCCUGCUGGCCAAAGUGGCACGUGCCUACCUAGCUGCCCCGGCUGUCGCAGGCAGUGCCGUCCAGAUGUUCCUGCAGGAUGGAGGGGGGGUGACUCAGAGGAAGAGAACCAAUAUUCCUCCAGAGGGCCUUGACCAGAUGCUGUUUCUGCACCAUAACGGUCUGACCGCGACCACACAGGGUUACACAACGGUCUGAAAGGAUGAACACAACUUGCUGACUGUCACUCAAUACAUGGAUUUAACUAUGGGGCUUCUCUCUCUCUCCAAGUUGAUGAGAUGGACUUUGUGAAGACUAUCACUCAAUCUCUGAAACUUGAAAGACGUAACCUUUCUUGGUUAAAAUGGACUGUUCUACAUGUUACUGUUGUGUUUUCAGUGUGUAGAUAUAAACUCAAUUCAGAGAGAAGUCCCUUUUCGGUUAGUGCCUUAUCAUUCUUUGAACUGUUAGCAUAACUACUGUACACAUGUAUUGUUUAAGUAUAAAACAUGUUUUACUGAAUGCAUAUACUGUUGUUUAAGCUAGUUUACCGUCCGAAGUCUGAUGGGACUCCUACUUCUGAACCUAUUCAUUUGUUUUAGGAAAACUCUAGAUUUAUAUUUUUUACAUUUCAGAAUUUUAUAUAUACAUAUUUGGUUAACCAACAAGGUUGAAUUUUCAUAGUGUCUGUAGGAUUAAUGUAGUUCUCUGAGAAUAACACUAUAAAAUAUAUUGCAGCUGAAACAAACAAAUGAAGAUGUAUUGGUUCUGUGGAGGAAAUCAGACUUAACAUACAUUAUGCUGUAGACCUAACAAGAACAUGUAACUUUUAUAGUCUUAACUGUUUAAUCGAAUGUUCCAAGGCUUAAAUGUUAGAAUAGUAAACUGACACAUUUGAAAUCCUAAACGUGGUCACAUCAUCAGUUCUUCAUCCUGUGUUUGCAUGUUAGAAUGGCUGUUCUUUAUGAAAGAAAGUAUAUCUGAUCAGUUUGUAAAGUCAUACAAAUAGCAUUUAUCACUGUGUACAUUCUUACUGUGGCUUUUGGGUAUUUGUAAGUAAACUUUGUUUUAGAUGUU